UUGACAGGAAGUCGCAUCACGGAAGCAUCUGUGUCAAAGGUCAGCUUCAGAGGCGAUGUUGUUCCAGGGAAGCAUCCAGGAAUUCCCAGGGGUAAUACAAGGAGCAAUGAUUGAGCCAGAAAUGGAUCUGUAGCUGAGAAGUAGAAGUCAAGAAGAAGAGGAAGUUGAUUUUAUCCAGCAUCACCACAUCACUCAAGGCGUAAAAGAACCCAACACACUUAUCAAGAGGAAUACAUCAGCCCUUGGACUGGGAGUCCUGGACUGUGCUUGGCCCAAAAACAAAAAACGCGAGCGCUACAACUGGGGGAAGAGGCCACUCACGGAUCCAAGUUUUCAACCUCCUAACGGAUGCUGCAUGUUAUGUAUAACCCCAAAAUUACGAAUCCACCACACACCAUUCGUUGGUAUCUGUAACUCGCAGAGGAUGCAGAUAUCAAAAUGGUAUUUGUACGAGUAAUUACUAUGCUGUAGUUUAUGAUAUGCAACAUCACACUAUGUGGAGAAGUACGUUCCAAUGUACGUCGAAGGCAUGGGAACAUAAGGUCACUAAGAUUGGGAAUGGCAUUGGAACAUAAGGUCACAUAACAUAAGAACAUGAUUGAGAAAUAAAGCAUUGUGCUUCAAGAAACAAGAAGAAGAAGAGGAAGACUGAACAUGUGAUGUACAACGUUUCUCCAGUGAACACUUACAGGCACUAGUAAGUCUGCCAUGCAAGACACCUCAGAAGACGAAGGAACGACUGACACCCUCCUUCAAAACCAAAAUGAGGAAAUCUUUAUAGUGGAGUCCAAAGGCUUCACUUCCGGAAGGCUCUUCAGAAUCGCUGUAGCAGUGGCGAUUUUGGUUUUAGUGAUUGUUCUGGUCGCUGUUGUUGUUGUUAGUCUCGUUCAUCAUUCUGCCGCCAAUAGCGCCACCAACAAUACUACAGCUCCAGGAACAUUCAACUGGGCCUCCUACUAUGGAAACCACAUGGUUCUACAGCAGGGGCCACACAGGGCUGUACUCUGGGGGUAUGGAGAGGUGGGAGCUACUGUCAAUGUUAGCAUUGACACGUCUGUCAGUGUCUUCUCAAGCAUGGUUCACGAAGGUGAAAAUGGAAGGGGUGUUUGGAAGGUUGCGCUAGACCCCAUGCCACCAGGAGGGCCGUACCGAAUCCAGGGCGUCCAUGACACAAACGGAACAUUGCAGCGGAAUUUCCUUGAGGAUGUGAUGUUUGGAGAUGUGUGGGUGUGCAGCGGGCAGAGUAACAUGGAGUUCACUGUUAGUCAGGCAUUCAAUGCCCAGCAGGCCAUAGCAGAGGCAGCUAACUUUCCGAACAUCAGACUUUUCACCGUGGAAAGGAUGCAAUCAGACAAACCUCUGUACGACUUGGACAAGAUCCUACAGCACUGGUCUGUGGCUAGCUCUGACAGUGUUGGAGGUGCAGCCUGGAAGUACUUCUCUGCCGUGUGCUGGUUCUAUGGUAGAGAAUUGUACAACCACCUGGGCUACCCCAUCGGGCUGGUGGCCACUUCCUAUAGCGGGACACCUAUAGAGACAUGGUCACCACCUCAGGUGUUGGAGGACUGCAAUAUAACACACAACUACAGGGAAGAGUCAGAUGUGUUAGUAGAUGCAGGGUUGGUAGGCUGGCCCAGCGAACACUCAGUCCUGUGGAACGCCAUGAUUCACCCACUGCUGAAUAUGACAAUCAAGGGGGCCAUCUGGUACCAAGGAGAAUCCAACACCCGCCACCCUGACACCUACUCCUGUUCCUUCCCCGGGAUGAUUGACAGCUGGAGGAAGGAGUGGUACAUGGGGACCGGGGGACAGACAGACAGACACUUCCCUUUUGGAUUUGUGCAGAUAUCAACUGAGACACCGAAUGUGAUCAAAUUGGGCUACCCUGCCAUCAGAUGGCACCAGACAGCAGACUACGGCUAUGUCCCCAACCCAGCCAUGCCUAACGUCUUCAUGGCAGUGGCUGUGGACUUGGUGGACCCUGACUCACCUUUCGGCAGCAUCCAUCCUCGCUACAAAGAAGACGUUGCAAGCCGAUUGGUCCUUGGUGCUCGAGCUGUUGCGUAUAACGAGACCGAUGUGGUGUUCCAAGGCCCACAUCCUGUCAGUGUAGAUGUGGAUCCCGAGAGGAAGACUGUACGUAGGGAUUACCCCAAGUCGCAGAACAUCACUGUUAAAUCUAACGAUGGCUUUGAGGUGUGCUGCUCCCGAAACUUGUCCCAGUGUGACAUGACUUCGCAGGAGUGGUCCCCAGUCCCCAUCGUGGCCAGCACCUCCUAUUCCAUCACCCUGCAGCUUAGCCAGGACUGCUGGGAAGACGUCACAUACAUCCGCUACCUGUGGAAGCAGUGGCCUUGCGACUUUAAGCAGUGCGCCGUGUAUUCCGCAGAAAGCGGCUUACCAGAGGCGCCAUUCUUUGGUUGCAUACUGGAGCCAGACAAGAAGCCUCCUUGCUAGAAUGACCAAAUUUGUAAUUUAUUUACUGUUAAGAUUAAGUAUCUCCAAAUACAGUGGAAGGUAUGGCGGAACAGGUGUUUUUUGUUAGAAAAAGGCCACCAUUCCGAAAAUGUUACCUCCAUGAAACAUGAGGUGUUGUGAUGCAUCUUUUUUCCACCCUUGUAUGUUCCCAGACGUAUUUCUUACCUGCUAGGCACGUUGAGGUACUGAUACAAAGUUAGGCCAAAGGUCCCAGAAAAUACUAUCAAAGGUUGUCUCAUUUCCUGUUACAUGUAUGUGCUUGUCUGUUGCCUUAUGGGAGACUGUGAAAAAAUGCAUAGCAAGAAUCAGUAAUAAAUUUACAAUAAUGACAAAGUAUUGUGAUCAUACAAUUUUUUUUUCAUGGAGGUUUUCUGUGUUCCUUGUUUAUUAGUCUUGACAUAUUACAUGUUGACGUGCCUACAUUGCUGUUUGGUGAUGGCUUAUAUGGUUGACUAUGCAAUUGGAGCUGAAUUUUUUAAGUCUUGUUGAGAAGUACUAUCGCAAAAUGUUAUUAUUGUGUCCCAACAGCAACUUGUUAUGUUAUGACUUUGUCAUUGUAAGAUGUUUGGCAUUGUGGGAAAGUGUUUUCAAUUAGGGUAAUGUUGAUUUUAUGUGUCUCAAAUUUUGUAUACCUUUCUAUGACUGCAAACAACUAUACACAGUGUGUGAGAUAAUUAUCCAGGAUAUGCAAAAGUCAUAAAGUAAAACUUAAUGCAAUAUUUUUGUUUCAUGUAAUGAUACACUGGUAUUAAAGCUUCUCGUGUUUUGUGGUAAUUGCUGAAAUAAAAAGUUUUGAAAACUGAAAAACUGAAAG